AUGGCGCAGAUUCAGGUACAGCCUCCUCCAGUGUCUGGAUCAAAUGUUGCGACAGGGGCGACGAUCAAUGCAGGUGUUGUUGCCGCUACGGCUAUCGCUGGCGGAGCGGUGGCGGGUGCUAACCAGUCUUUUGUUGGACAAGUUGUUUCGGUUAGGAUUUGUAGGGAUUUGGGCACUCGGCGAUCCCUUGGUUAUGGUUACGUCAACUUUAGCAAUCCUAAUGAUGCUGCAAGGGCUAUUGGUGUGCUGAACUUUACUCCAGUAAAUGGAAAGUCAAUUCGGAUCAUGUAUUCUCACAGGGAUCCAAGCAUUCGGAAAAGUGGAACUGCAAAUAUCUUUAUCAAGAAUUUGGACAAGACAAUUGACAACAAAGCUUUGCAUGACACAUUUUCAACUUUUGGCAACAUUCUUUCCUGCAAGAUAGCUACGGACUCCAUAGGCCAAUCAAAAGGCUAUGGAUUUGUGCAAUUUGACACUGAAGAUGCUGCUCAAAGUGCAAUUGAUAAGUUAAAUGGGAUGCUGAUGAAUGACAAACAAGUCUAUGUUGGUCAUUUUCUUCGAAAGCAAGAACGUGACUCUUCUUCAACCAGAACAAAGUUCAACAAUGUGUAUGUAAAAAACCUCCCUGAGUCCACAACUGAUGAGGAUUUAAAAAAGACUUUUGGUGAAUAUGGUAUGAUCACAAGUGCUGUGGUUAUGAGAGAUAGUGAUAGGAAAUCAAAGUGUUUUGGGUUUGUCAACUUUGAGAAUGCUGAUGAUGCUGCUAAUGCUGUUGAGGGGUUAAAUGGGAAGAAGUUUGAUGACAAAGAGUGGUAUGUUGGGAAAGCUCAAAAGAAAUCAGAAAGAGAGAUGGAGUUGAAGAGUCGAUUUGAGCAAACUGUUAAGGAAGCUGCUGAUAAGUAUCAAGGUCUUAAUUUGUAUGUCAAGAACUUGGAUGACACCAUUGAUGAUGAUAAGCUUAGGAAGCUGUUUUCUGAAUAUGGUACAAUCACAUCAUGCAAGGUUAUGCUGGAUCCUAAUGGAAAUAGCAGAGGCUCUGGAUUCGUGGCCUUUUCAACUCCAGAAGAGGCUUCUCAAGCUCUUGGGGAGAUGAAUGGGAAGAUGAUUGUCAACAAACCACUUUAUGUUGCACUUGCUCAGCGGAAAGAAGAGAGGAGGGCUAAGUUACAGGCACAAUUUUCACAAAUGAGGCCUGUUGCAAUGGCAAACUCAAUGGGCCCACGUAUGCCCAUGUAUCCUCCCGGUGGUCCCGCUAUUGGGCAGCAGCUUUUCUACGGGCAGGCCCCUCCUGCUAUGCUUCCUCACCAGGCGGGUUUUGGUUACCAACAACAGUUGGUCCCUGGAAUGAGGCCAGGUGGGGCCCCAAUGUCAAACUUCUUUCUGCCCGUUGCUGCCCAACAAGGUCAACAAGGUCAACGCCUUGGUGGCAGGCGUGGUGCUGGUGCUGACUCUGUUCAACAAAAUCACCAGCCUCUUCCCAUGAUGCAGCAGCAGAUGUUUCCAAGAGGACGCAUGUAUCGUUACCCGGGUCGCAAUGCACCGGAUUCAAAUCUCCCAGUGCUUCCUGUCCCAUACGAUCUCAGUGGUGGCAUGUUUCCUCGGGAUGCAGCUGCAGCAAUGGGCCAGCCAAUACCAAUUACAGCUUUGGCUUCUUCCCUUGCUAAUGCCCCUCCUGAACAACAAAGAACGAUGCUGGGUGAGAGUUUGUACCCACUGGUGGAUCAGUUGGAACCUGAGAAUGCAGCUAAAGUGACAGGAAUGCUUUUGGAGAUGGACCAAACCGAAGUGUUGCAUUUGCUGGAGUCGCCAGAUGCUUUGAAAGCAAAGGUGUCUGAGGCCAUGGAUGUGUUGAGGAAUGUCAACAACACCACCAACACCAACACCAACACCAACACCCCAGCAGCUCAGCUUGCUUCCCUGUCUCUUAAGGACAACCUUGUUGCAUGAGAGAGUAACUUCUUUUUAUUUUAUUUUGCUACUAUUUAAUGAGCCAGCCAGAGGUCUAGGUUGUUGCUUUUUUUUUCUUAACUUCUAAUUUGGAG